AUGAAUGACUUAUAUGGAAGAAGUGCAAGCAUCAUGGAAUCUUAAUAAAAAUUAGAAUUGUUUUUAAGUUGUCGUGGAUUAGCUAAUAUGGAUACAUUUUCAAAAAGUGAUCCCUUUGUAAUAAUGUAUGUGAAAAGAAACAACUAAUGGUCUGAAAUUGGAAGAACAGAAAUCAUUCAAGAUAAUUUAAAUCCAAACUUUGCAAAAACAUUUAUCAUUGAAUAUUACUUUGAAUGCUAAUAGCCAUUAAAGUUUGUAUGUAAUGAUGAUGAUGGAAAUGGAAAAUUCGAUGUAUAUUCAUUAUUUAAGAAUUUUAGUUUAUUGGAAGUGCUGAAACUACUUUAGCCAAUAUAGCUGGAGCAAGGGAUUAGUUAGUUAUGCUAAAUUUAACCAAUGGAUAAAAGAAAAAUGGAGUUUUGGUUAUAAGAGCAGAUUAGGUGAGAAUGAUAAAUGAUAAAAUAAUCAUGUAAUUAAGUAAAUUCUUAUCAUAUUAACAAUAGGUGCAAAUAAUAUUCCUAAUACAAGGUUUUUACCUUGGCAUUCAACAUCCCCCUUUUUCAGACUUUAUAGAACUAGAAAGGACACUAAUUAAUAACUUUUAGUCUAUGAAAGUGAACCUAUUAAAAGCAAUUUAAAACCUUAAUGGAAGAGAGUGGAUAUUCAAUCUUAAAAAUUAUGCAAUGGGGAUUAUCAUAUGCCAAUAAGAGUUGAAAUUUGGGAUUAUAGAACUUCAGGUAAUCAUGAACAUAUUUGUUCAACUGAAUUUUCAGUAAAUGAACUAAAUGGGUAAUAAUAAGCUAAGAAAAUACUAUAAGAUAAAAAUAAAAAAUAAUCUGGGUUUCUAAUUUUCAAUGAAGUAAUUUAUAUUAAUAAUAAAUUAUAUUAUAGUUCAAAUUAAUUGAAAAACCAAGUUUCAUGGAUUAUUUGUAGAGUGGAACAUAAAUAAAUUUAGUAGCUGCAAUUGAUUUCACAGCCUCAAAUUAAUCACCAAAGAAUCCAAGUUCUCUACAUUAUAUUGAUGACUCAUAUCAUAGACUAAAUUAAUAUCAAUAAGCAUUAUUGGCUGUAGGAGAAAUAUUAUUGAAUUAUGAUCAUGAUAAAAAGGUUCCAAUAUUUGGUUUUGGAUGUAAACCAAGAUUGCAUAAUUUGAAUAGUACUUAAACACUACAUUGUUUCCCAUUAAAUGGUAAUCCUUAAGAUCCAGAAGUAUAUCAGAUGGAUGGAAUUAUGCAAGCGUAUAAUUAUGCAGUUAGGAAUGUGUAAUUCGAUGGUCCAACCUAUUUUAAUCCAAUUAUUUAAGAAUCAAUGAAAAUUGCCUAAGCAUGUAAAGAUAUGGCUAGCAGUACAUAUUUUGUAUUAUUUAUAUUAACUGAUGGAGAAAUUCAUGAUAUGAAAGUAUUAAUAUCUUAUAUAUUAUAGUAAACUAUUGAUUCUAUUGUAGCAUCAUCACAUUUACCAUUAUCAAUUAUUAUUGUUGGAGUUGGAGAUGCAGAUUUCACUAAUAUGUCUAUAUUGGAUGAUGAUGACGGUAAUCUCCAUGAUUCUUUUGGUAGAAGAACUCAAAGAGAUUUAGUCUAAUUUGUUCCUUUUAAUCAAUUUAAAAGUAAUCCAGAAUUAUUGGCUAAAAAUGUUUUACAAGAAUUACCAGAUUAAUUAGUUGAUUACAUGCUUUUGAUUGGUAAAAAGCCUGGACCCAAAAAUUGUAUUAAAUUAAUAAUAAUUAUUAUUUAGUCAUUAACUUAGGAUAAUUUGAUAUUAAUUAAUAUUCAUAAUAGUAUGGAAUUCAAUAGUAAUAAUAGAUCAUGUAACCUACUUAGCCAUUAUAAUAAUAAUCAGUACCUUAGAUACCUUAAUAGUCAUUUUAAAACAUACCUCCCCCAUCAUAAUAUUAAUAACCUCCCCCAUUUGUUUAAUAAUAAUAAGGAUACCCUCCACAACCUUAAUAAUUUAAUUAAUUUCCUGCUUAAUAACCACCAGUUUAUCCGUCAUAAUAGCCAUAAGUCUAUCCCCAACAAUAAUAAAUUUAUUAACCUCCUAAUUAUUAGUAAUAACAAUAAGUUUAUCCUCCUUAAUAAACUGCUUUCUAAAACAAAUUUGUUUAAGGCCUUGCAAAUACUAAUUUUUUAGGAUAACAUAUUAAUGAUGCUUAAUAAUAGUAAAUGAAUCAAUAAUUACCUUAAUUCUAAUAUCCACCUUAAGAGGAUAAUAAUCAGAUUGGUAUGCAACCCUAACCAAACUUAUAUUAAUAACCGAAACAGCCUCCUCCUUAUGUACCUGACAAUCCUUAUGGAUUAUGA